CGAAGCCGCAGGACAGUACGGUUCGUGCAUGUACGUCAUUCACGUUCUGUGCAAUCGUCGGCGGGUUGUUGUCGCUCGUGCUUGAGAUCGCUCACAAAUCAUUUUUCCAGCCCAAGAUCAAGAUGGCGUCGACCCAGCCCAAGACGUACCAAUCAAUCGACGAAAAGUCGCCGAUCGUACCGCAAGGCCAAGAGGGGCAGUGGGCCACAGGUAUCUUUGGCUGCUUUGCCAAUAUGGUGCCCAACUGCUGCAUGGUGUUCUUCUGCCCGUGCGUCUCGCUCGCGCAGACCGUCCACCGCAUCGGGCUGGCCUCGUACACGCGCGCUCUGCUCCUCUUUGGCGUCCUCAUUCUCCUCGCCAACGUCCUUCCGACGGCCUUUCCGGACGUUGAGACCUGUCGCCUCGUGGACGGCCGCAAUGAGUGCGAACUGCAAUCGGCCUCGGGUUCGAUCCUCCUCGCAGUGUUUUAUCUCGUCCUUGCGGUUCUUAUUGCGCACGUCCGCGCCAAGGUCCGCGCCCUCUUCAACAUCGCCGGGUCCUUCUUCAAUGACUGCGUCUGCGCGCUUUGCUGCGGCUUCUGCACGAUCGCUCAAAUGGCGACGCAAACAAACUCGUACACGCCCAACGCCUGCAACUUUGGGCCCAAGGACACGCUUGCCGGCUACACCACAGUCUAAAACCCACCGCUUCCCUGGCGAUAGGCUACCCUAAUCAAUACAGCCACUGUGUCAAGCCACAAGCCCUCGGGCGUCCGAAGACGUUGCGUCGGCUGUCGCACGCAAGAGAUCGUAGGAUGUAGCAGCUCCCUCUCGAUCGUCCACCAAAUAGAGUCGUG